AUGUUAUUACUACGAUUGAUACGAGUAAAUACUGAUGAUUAUUCAAAUGGAACCAGUCAAAUAACACUUAUAUCAUAUAAUGUUAUGUUUGUACCAUCUAUCAUUGUCUUUGAUCGUGAUCAGAUAACACGCUCAAAAUUAUUAACAAAAACGAACUUUUUACAUACAUAUGAUAUAUUAUGUUUACAAGAAGUAUUUCAAAAAGAACCAAGUCGUAUUUUACUCGAAUCAUUAUCACAAUCAUACGACUAUCGAACGUCGGUGCUUGGAACAAAUAAUGAGCAAGAAUUAUGGAAUGAAACAUUAAAUAGUCAUUUGAGUUCAAGUUUAUCUAAAUUUGUAAGUGGUGGUGUUAUGAUCUUAUCAAAGUGGCCGAUUCAAUACAAACUACAAUAUUUUUAUCGGAAUGCGUGUAGUGCACAUACAUUCGUUCGUACCGGUUUUGUUUAUGUUAAAAUAUUAUACAAUAAUAAAUAUGUUGUUCAUGUUCUUGGUACUCAUCUUCAACCAACUAAUUUUCGUGGCUGUUAUCUAUACGGUGAAUCUGUUAUACGUGAACGACAAUUACAAGAAAUUCGACAAUUUUUAAAUGAACGAAACAUUUCUAAAAAUGAAUUGGUAUUUCUUAUGGGCGAUUUUAAUAUUGAUCGUUAUCAUAUUAAACAAUAUCGACGAAUGCUUGAAAUUCUAAAUGUUAUUGAACCAAUAUAUUAUCCAAAUUCAAUUCAAUAUAGUUGGGAUAGUGCAUAUAAUUUAAUGACAUGGACACCGAAUCAUGUUAAUGAAUUACUCGAUUAUAUUUUCAUAUUAAAAGAUCAUAAAUCUGAACAUUGGUUAUGGUAUAAUCUUAUAACAGAUCGUUUAGCCAUUGAACAAUGGCAUUUACUUGGUACAAAUUCAUCAAAAAUAUAUAAUAAUAAAAAUGUUCCAAUUAUGGAAUUAUCUGAUCAUUAUCCUGUGGUAGGUUUUUCCAAUUUGACUCUACUCGAAUGGCCACAGGAACAAUUUGGUAUUAUAACCAUAAUUCAAUUUAGAACAAAAGAAACAAAUGAAUCACUUAUUAUUAAUGAACAACGAUAUCUAACGUUAAUUAGAGAUAAUAAUAAUGGUACAUCAUUUUUGGUAACUAAUAAUGGUACUCCAAGACGAAAUCGUUGUUUAAAAUCUGAACAAUAUGUCUUACUUAUUGAUGCUAACGCACAAAAUUAUUAUCUAUCAUUGAUAUCUAACGGGAGAAAGUUAAAAAUGAAAUAUGGCAGAGAAUAUGCGAAUCGUUAUGUAAAAAUAAUUAAAAUGGACGGUCAAAAUACAUCAGAAUGUAUUGAAUCAAAUGAUAUCAUUGUAUUUCAAAUUCGAUUAGCCAUUGGUGAUUAUUAUAUAACGACAAAUCAUCAACAACAAUUAUGUGCAUGUACAAGAAAUAUUACACAGGCAAAACAAUUUAUUUUAUAUGAAAUCGAACGAAAAAAUGCAAUUAAAACAUUCUUAUCAUAA